AUGGCCUCCGGCGGCCAACCCUUCGCGUCGCGCUCGUACGCCGGGAACAAGCUACCGGACCGAGCUGCCAACGCGAACGCCAUGCCGUUCAGUGCCUCUUCUUUCUCGAGACACCGUCCCUUGGGCGCUACUGCCCCCGUUGAUUACGCUGGUGGUGAAGUACCUAAGAACCAGCAGCAGUCUGCUGGCCCCGCAGCCGUGUCGCAGUCUCAUGGUCCCGCUGCGCAGGAUACCAACCCGCUGAACCGGUUGACGGAGGAGCAGAGGGAGGAAAUCAAUGAAGCGUUCACUCUCUUCGAUCUCGACCGCGAUCGCCACCUAGACUACCACGAGCUCCGCGUCGCCUUUCGCGCCCUCGGUUUCAGCCUAACCAAACAAGAACUCAUCUCGCUCCUCACAACCUACGGCGUCCCCCGUCCCCAGGUCCAACAACAACAAGGCACCGCCAACCCCCAAGCACCGAAAGGCAAUUCCGGCGGGAACCCGCAACACCCCUCCAACCUCCUGAUGCCGCUCUCCUCCUUCCAAGCCGUUACCGCUCUCAAGAUUCUGGAGCGCGACCCCCGCGAGGAGAUCAUCCGCGCCUUCGAGCUGUUCGACGAGGGCCAGAAGGGCUUUAUUGACCUGGAGGACUUGCGGCGCGUUGCUAGAGAGCUCGGCGAGACUGGUCUUGAAGAGGAGGAGCUUCGCGCUAUGAUUGAGGAGUUUGAUCUUGAGGGUGUGGGUGGUGUUACCCGGGAGGCCUUUAUUGGCAUCUGCUGGCAAUAG